AUGAAUGAAUUUCAUCUUGUAGCAAUUCGCGGAUCAUCUUCGCUGUCUCCUGAUCUACUUGCAAAGACUUUGGAGAACCAAACAUCUGCAGUUUCCGCUAACGUUACCUUUGAACUACGAGCUCUAUUGUUUUAUGGUGCAUGUGCAAAAUUAUCAGGUGAGCAAGCACGUGAAAUUUCAUAUGCUCUGAAGCUCAGGUCACGUCUGUGGACACUGAUCUCGCGUAGGUGUCGAACUCCUUCUCGGCUCGGGAGACCCUGCCUGACGACACACGAGAAUCAGACAGAUGAUGAAGUGCUUGGAGUUAAUCAAUCUCUAUAUGGUGCGCCAGUAGAUUCAGCUUUAGACGAGUGUAGCGUAGAGACAAUGACGGGAUUUAUAAAUUUUCUGUUGUUCUUCUCUUCCCUAAUACUUGUAUGCUGCCAUAACCACACGGACACUGAAAGCCAUGAAGUACUUGAGUUCCCUGAAUUAGAAAUAGGUCGAGUGAAGAGAAGUACAAGACUCUACUUGGAAAAAGGCGAAUACUGUGCCGUAUACAGACCGAACUUCGAUUAUUACUGUACGGGAAUUUGGCAAAGCGAGAAGCUAAUAAAAACCAGUCGUCACUUGGAUAGGAUUAAGAAGUUUUGUCCAACGUACAAAUAUCACUGUAUUGCCUACAAGAAAAAUCGUCCACACCAUCGUCGCAAAUAUAUCCACAGAGAUCGAGACAGCAUUGAGGAUGAACUUAGAGGCAAAAGCUAUGAAGAAAUCCUUAGAGAGCUGUCAGAAAUAGUGCCAUGUACACCGGAGUGCAAUCCUAAUGUGCACCCUCACUGUACACAGGAGUGCAAGUGCGACUACGACUAUCCAACUAUGCAGCGGUUCUGCAAUCCACCAACGCUGGCCAUGUUCUUGAACAUCUGCCGAUUGUGGUACAAUCAAUGUCCGAAAUAUGAACAAUACCACUAUGCUUCUCAGUUCAUCUAUUCAAAGGCAGAGAAAGGAAAAACCUUAGCUACUCCUCUUCCAGCGGUCAAUGAAGUCUGGAGGCAGAACCUCUACCACAGUUACAGUUGA